AAUUUAAUCUUUCAGCAAGGUUUUAUGGCACAUGGGUACUAAUGUGGGGAUUGGGAGUUAAGGGGUGUUUCACAGCCCUUUAAACUAGCAGACAACUCAGUUCACACUCACUGAUGAUCAUAAAGUCUGAAUGGCCUGGACAAGCCAGUAUGGCCCAGAGGGGCCAAGGUACAGUGUGAAGUAGGACAGGAUGACUGCCCAACAAGUUCAUUUCCCAAAAGCACCAUGUUUUAUGGAACAAAGUAGAGGGACCUAAGACAUAAGCAAUUAACCAGUUCUGUUUAACAAACAUUUAACGAUACAAGUAAGGCGCUAAGGUAUCUGCCAGGGUUAGCCAGUUGUCUGGGGUAAGGGACCUUUGAAGUCUUCCACAAAUAACACUACUGUACAAAACAUACUUUCAUAAAGGUGACACUGGAAACACAGAGGAAGAGGCAAGGUGCUGUACAGAGAUUCAGUGAGUAAAAGGCAGGGAAGGUGUUUGUGAAAGGAGUGUGGGAGGUGUACUUGUAGAGCAGGCAUGCAUUUGAAUAUUGGCUGUUCAGUAGAAAAGAACCUUAAAAGCACAGAGAACCAGUUAUUGGGCAAAGUUCUCCAACAUGUUUGAGACUGUAGUGAAUCUAUGUGGCAGGUGGGCUCCAUCAUUUUAUCAACCCCUAUGAGAUUAAGUGGAGAGAUUUAAAAGACCUCUAUUUGUAAAGAUAAACUGCAGAUUUUUGUCUUGAAGGAAAAUAUGACUCUAUGGGUGUUUUAGGCAACAGAUGAACUGGUUUAAACACAGUUAAAUCAGUAAAACUUUGGCUUCUUGUCAAGCUGAAAGAGGAAUUUUAAGUACAUGAUUAAAUUCAUUAAUAAAGGAGAAGGGGCUCUUACUUCCCAGGGCCAGCUAUGACCCUUUUCCAAUUUUAUAGGCAGACUUUUACAAAAGCAACUCUUCCAGACUUAGAUUUCUGGGAAAAUAAAAGUAAAUACUGACAUAGGCAUACUUUGUUUUCCCAAGAGACGUUUCCCGGGCGAUUUCUCUAAUUAUCUAGAAAACAUUUUUUUUUAGCUUGCUUGUCCCUUUAGAUUUCAGACAAGCUGAGGGCGAAAUUACAGUAUUGCUUUAGAUUCUCCAACUUUGGUUUGGACGUAGUAUUAGUCCGGAGAGACGUUUUAAAAAGACGACGUCUCUAGGUAUUUGUUCUCUGAAACAAGGGCGCUAGGAAGAAAAAAAGAGCAAUGAAGCCUUCUUGCAAGGGGUUUAGUUUAAAAAUAAUCGUUUAAGGGCGGGUGAUAUCGCCUAACCUAUGUCUUUAAAACACUUUAUUGGGAAAACUAAUAGGGGCGGAAGGUGUGCGGUCACUUCUGGUUAGGGUAUCUAGAGCCUAAUGCUAAGGAAGGACCGAGGCUCUAGGGUAUCACUUCUAGAAAAAAAAUUACCGGUUACUUCCGCCAGGCUCCUAGAAGGGCGGAUGAAGCUACAGUUUAGCGCGCAAAACAGCCAAUAGGAAUUCAGAAAUCUGCGCACGGCUUAAAUUUCAACCAAUCAGCGUCCGGAGCUUUAACUUGUUGGCCAGCGCUUCCGUCGUCGGGAAAAGCUGCCCAGCUUCCCCCUCAGAAUUGCCCUUAACGGACAUGGCUGCGGCCCCAGGAGGCGGGGACGUGAAGUGAGGAGGGGGCUGGGAGGGGAGAGGACGCGGGCGAGGAAGACGGGCCCGAGGGCCCCGAUGCUGUGAGUGUGACAGACUCACUAGGGUUUGUCCAUGUUGGGGAGGAACCUUCCUUCCGGGGGUGACGGUGUUCAUCUGGGCAUGUCUGAAGUACCCUGGGCCCAUGGACCUGAAGGAGAAGCAUCUGGGCGAGCCUUCCUUGGCCCUGGGCCUGUCUACCCAGAAAGCUCUCAGUGUCCUGAAGGAACAGCUGGAGGCUGUGUUGGAGAGACACCUCAAAGAGCAGAAGAAAUGUCUUACGUGGAAGGAGAUGUGGAGGAGCAGCUUCCUGCACCUCAAUAACCGCUGUUCCUGUUUCCACUGGCCGGGGGCCUCUCUCAUGCUGCUGGCUGUGUUGCUGCUGCUGUGCUGCUAUGGGGGCCAGCCUGCUGGGAGCCAUGGAGUGGAGCUGGUAAACGCCUCUGCUCUGUUCCUGUUGCUGCUUCUCAAUCUCAUCCUCGUUGGGCGGCAAGAUCGGCUGAAGCGCCAAGAGGUGGAGCGCAGGCUCCGGGGCAUCAUCGACCAAAUCCAAGAUACUCUCAGGGAUGGAAAGGAGAUCAAGUGGCCAAAUGCCAUGUAUCCAGACCUCCAUAUGCCCUUUGCACCUUCCUGGUCCCUGCACUGGGCCUACAGAGAUGGACAUCUGGUAAACCUGCCAGUUAGCCUGUUGGUAGAAGGAGACAUCAUAGCCCUGAGGCCUGGCCAGGAGUCUUUUGCCUCUCUGCGGGGCAUCAAGGAUGACGAGCACAUUGUCUUAGAGCCUGGAGACUUGUUUCCCCCCUUCUCUCCACCACCUUCACCCCGGGGGGAAGUGAAGAAAGGGCCACAGAACCCUCAGCAACAUCGGCUCUUCCGUGUCCUUGAGACUCCUGUGAUUGACAACAUCAGAUGGUGCCUGGACACAGCCCUGUCCCGCCCAGUCACUGCUCUGGACAAUGAGAGGUUCACAGUACAGUCAGUGAUGCUUCACUAUGCUGUGCCAGUGGUCCUGGCUGGCUUUCUCGUCACCAAUGCCCUGCGCUUCAUAUUCAACGCACCUGGGGUCACUUCCUGGCAGUAUACCCUUCUCCAGCUCCAGGUGAAUGGCAUGCUACCCAUCCUCCCCCUGCUCUUCCCAGUCCUCUGGGUCUUGGCUACCGCCUGUGGAGAAGCUCGUGUCCUGGCCCAGAUGAGCAAGGCCUCACCCAGCUCCCUGCUAGCCAAGUUCUCAGAGGAUACUCUCAGCAGCUACACUGAAGCCGUCUCCUCUCAGGAAAUGCUACGCUGCAUUUGGGGUCACUUCCUGAGGGUGAUCCAAGGGACAUCGCCAACGCUGAGCCACAGUGCCAGUCUGCUGCACAGCUUGGGCUCUGUCACGGUGCUGUGCUGUGUAGACAAGCAGGGAAUCCUAUCAUGGCCAAAUCCCAGCCCAGAGACUGUGCUCUUUUUCAGCGGGAAGGUGGAACCCCCUCACAGCAGCCAUGAGGACCUCACAGAUGACCUGUCCACCCGAUCUUUCUGCCAUCCUGAGGUAGAGGAAGAGCCCCAUGAACGAGAUGCCCUCCUUCCUGGCUCCCUGAACAAUACCCUGCACCUUUCCAACGAGCAGGAGCAUGGUGACUGGCCUGGUGAUGGUCCCAAGCCCUCUGAGCCCUACUCUCAUCACAAAGUGCAUGGCCGCAGCAAACACCCGUCCGGAUCCAAUGUGAGCUUCAGCAGAGACACCGAGGGCGGCGAGGAAGAACCUAGCAAGGUCCAGCCUGGGACAGAGGAUGAUCUCUAUGAGACUGAGGACUUUGUAUGUGACUACCACUUGGAGAUGCUGAGCCUGUCCCAGGACCAGCAGAACCCCUCGUGCAUCCAGUUUGAUGACUCCAACUGGCAGUUGCACCUUACCUCCCUCAAGCCACUGGGCCUCAAUGUGCUGCUGAACCUGUGCAAUGCCAGCGUCACUGAGCGCCUGUGCCGCUUUUCUGACCACCUGUGCAACAUUGCCCUGCAGGAGAGCCACAGUGCUGUGCUGCCUGUGCACGUGCCCUGGGGCCUUUGUGAGCUGGCUCGUCUUAUUGGCUUCACUCCAGGGGCCAAGGAACUCUUCAAGCAAGAGAACCACCUGGUACUCUACCGCCUUCCCAGCGCUGAAACUGUGAAGGAGACUUCGCUAGGGCGUCCCUCCUGUGUGACCAAGCGGCGCCCCCCACUCAGCCACAUGAUCAGCCUCUUCAUCAAGGACACUGCCACCAGUGAGCCUCAUGCCAGCUCAGCUGGCACAGAGCAGAUGCUGUCCCAUGGCACUGCUGAUGUGGUCUUGGAGGCCUGCACAGACUUCUGGGAUGGUGCUGACAUCUACCCUCUUUCAGGUUCUGACAGAAAGAAAGUACUGGAUUUCUACCAGAGAGCCUGCCUGUCUGGCUAUUGCUCUGCCUUUGCCUACAAGCCCAUGAACUGCUCCCUGUCCUCUCAGCUUAAUGGCAAGUGCAUUGAGCUGGUGCAGGUACCGGGCCAGAACAGCAUCUUCACCAUGUGUGAGCUGCCCAGCACUGUUCCCAUCAAGCCAAACAUCCGCUGUAGCAGCUGGAGUUCUGACGAAGGGAUCGGGGAGGUGCUGGAGAAGGAAGACUGCAUGCAGGCCCUGAGUGGUCAGAUCUUCAUGGGCAUGGUGUCCUCCCAGUACCAGGCCCGGCUGGACAUCGUACGCCUCAUUGAUGGGCUGGUCAAUGCCUGUAUCCGCUUUGUCUACUUCUCUUUGGAGGAUGAGCUCAAAAGCAAGGUAUUUGCAGAAAAGAUGGGUCUGGAGACAGGUUGGAACUGUCACAUUUCCCUCACACCCAAUGGUGACAUACCUGGCUCUGAGAUACCUCCCUCCAGCCCUAGCCAUGCAGGCUCCCUCCAUGAUGACCUGAAUCAGGUGUCCCGAGAUGAUGCGGAAGGACUACUUCUCUUGGAGGAGGAGGGUCACUCGGACCUCAUCAGCUUCCAGCCUACAGAUAGUGACAUCCCCAGCUUCCUGGAGGACUGUAACCGGGCCAAGCUGCCCCGGGGCAUCCAUCAGGUGCGGCCCCAUCUGCAGAACAUUGACAAUGUGCCCCUGUUGGUGCCCCUCUUCACGGACUGUACCCCUGAGACUAUGUGUGAGAUGAUAAAGAUCAUGCAGGAGUACGGGGAGGUGACCUGCUGCCUGGGCAGCUCUGCCAACCUGCGGAACAGCUGCCUCUUCCUCCAGAGUGAUGUCAGGUCAGGCAUUGCUUUGGAUCCCCUGUACCCAUCCCGCUGCUCCUGGGAGACUUUUGGCUAUGCCACCAGCACUACCAUGGCCCAGGCCUCGGAUGGCCUUUCUCCCCUGCAGUUGUCAGGGCAACUCAACAGCCUACCUUGCUCCCUGACCUUUCGCCAGGAGGAGACCAUUAGCAUCAUCCGGCUCAUUGAGCAGGCUCGGCACGCCACCUAUGGCAUCCGUAAGUGCUUCCUCUUCCUGCUGCAGUGCCAGCUGACCCUUGUGGUCAUCCAGUUCCUUUCCUGUCUGGUCCAGCUGCCACCACUCCUGAGUACCACAGACAUCUUAUGGCUAUCCUGCUUUUGUUAUCCUCUGCUCAGCAUCUCUCUGCUGGGUAAACCACCCCAUAGCUCUAUCAUGUCUAUGGCAACAGGCAAAAACCUUCAGUCCAUUCCUAAGAAGACCCAGCACUACUUCCUGUUCUGCUUCUUGCUCAAGUUCAGCCUCACCAUCAGCUCGUGCCUCAUCUGCUUUGGCUUCACACUGCAGAGCUUCUGUGACAGUGCCCGGGCCCGCAACCUCACCAACUGCUCCUCCAUCAUGCUUUGCAGCAAUGAUGACAGGGCUCCCGCCUGGUUUGAGGACUUCGCCAAUGGGUUGCUGUCAGCUCAGAAGCUCACAGCUGCUCUGAUUGUUCUGCACACUGUCUUUAUCUCCAUCACUCACGUACAUCGCACUAAGCCUCUGUGGAGAAAGAGCCCUUUGACAAACCUCUGGUGGGCCGUGACUGUGCCUGUGGUACUCCUGGGUCAGGUGAUCCAGACAGUUGUAGACCUGCAGCUGUGGACACAUAGGGACACGCAUGUCCACUUUGGCCUAGAGGAUGUGCCCCUGCUGACAUGGCUCCUGGGCUGCCUGUCCCUGGUCCUUGUGGUGGUCACCAAUGAGAUUGUAAAGCUUCAUGAGAUUCGGGUCCGUGUCCGGUACCAGAAACGACAGAAGCUGCAGUUUGAAACUAAGCUGGGCAUGAACUCUCCCUUCUGAGCCAUUGGUCAUGGUGGCCAUACACGCCCUGGUUCCUGGGGCUAAAGCCAGAUGUUUUCCUGAUCCUGGGGAGUUGGUAUCAUGGAUGUUUCAGGGUUUGUCUUUGUGCCCCUUGGCGUUGGAGACCCUGCUGUCUCCUUACUCUGGAGCUUACCAUGGAGAAGCUGAGGACCCAUGACCUUGGUUUGACAGGACUGCCCAGGUUCUUCCCUGGCCCUACCGGGGGCACUCUUGAAUGUAUGACCUUGGGCGCUUGGUAGAGGGGCCCAUAGCCCCUUCCCCGUGAAUUGCCUGUCAUCAGGGUCCCCUCACUUGGUGCCCUCUGCUUUUGUGUCUACAGCAGCCUGAGUGAGGGGUGAGCCUCAGCCUUUGUUAGAGAAGCAGUGUGGAAGAUAGUGUCCUACCUGCCACCCCCAUCCCAUCGUCCUGGGGCAAGGGCUUGGGUGUGGCCCUGAGGACCUCCCCUUAAUCUGGGUUACUCUCAUAGGUGGGCCUGAAGAUGGAAAAGGGCCCACCUCACCCUGGAGCCCUUUCCUGUGCCUGCACCAGCUGGCCAUGAGUCAGCCAUAGGGGACACAGCUCAGGCUCCCUAUGACCCCUGCCCUCGUUCUACAAGUUUUUACUGUUAUGUUUUGUUUUUUUACUGGAAAUGAGCCUUUUGGGAAUGAAUGUCAACGGGUUUAUAUUAAAAUUGUAAAUUGCUUAUGAAAAAACCUGUAGCUGAUCCAUAAAGCAGUCAUGAAGGGUCCUGUCUCCAGGCUGCAGCACUGAGGGGAUCCUUGAAAGCAGGGAGCGGGGCCUAAGCCUUCAUUCCUCCACAUUGGUGUGUGCCCUCAGGUCUGGGUGAAGGGAGACUCCUGCACAGAUCCAAACACAGCCCAAUCAUGUGGAAUGACACUUUCAUUGGUGUUAGUUGAGGGAAGAGAUUAAUAGUUACAGAGCCUGGGCCUGGGCCAGCUGGGUCAGGUCUCCAACUGGAGGUGGGCAGGCAAUACAAAGGCCUACCCCACGGCAUCCUCUCAGGCAGUUAAUAGAAUAAAUUCCAUUUAAAAUA